CGGCACGGUUGGAGUUACGGCGGUGCCGGUCAUCGCGCAGCGCUUUGAGUCGGCAUGAAGGUGCAAUUUGCGUCGCGGGCCCUACUCGUUCUUCUUUUGGUGUGCUUGCAGACUGUGGCAACUCCAGACGAUGCCGACAAAGUCGCUCAAGUACCGCAGCUGACGUCCGAGGCGCUUGCAGAUUCAGUCUCGGCGUCGCUGGAACAAGUUGUUUCGAGUGCUGAGGCGGAAGAAACCCAGUCCUUGAGCAUUGGUUCGAGCGUGAUCUUUGUCGCUGGCGUGGCUAUGCUUGGCAUCAUUGGGUACGUCGUGUACCGCCAGCACCGUCGAAAUCUGGCGAAGGAAGAAGACAGCCAACUGAUGAAGUCUCUCUUGGACAGCGAAAUGGAUUACGCAGCCAUGUAG